CUGUAGUAUCUCAAAAUGGCAGUAACUUCUUCUUCUUCCAAUGAUCGUCUUGAGCUAGUAGCAGCUGCAUUAACCAGUCUAAUACCAGGGAGUAAAGUCAUUACUAAAGAUGAUCCACUGUACAAGACACUAAAGGACCCAAAGCCACUAACAUACCAGGUGAUGAGUCAGAAUGUGAUCGUUGAAACCAGACCAGAGCCUGAUCCUACAAUAGUAGUACCACUGGAGAGGACAAUGAACAUUGAACUACAGCCACUAGCAGCUAACAAGACAAGCGAAGAGGAAACCUCUAGUGAAGGAACCAGUUCAAAUGUCAUCAUCACAGUUCAGUUCCUCAAUGGCCAAUCUCACAAGUUUUCAGUGGAUCCCAGGGCUACAGUGUAUGCUCUGAAGUGGUCCAUCUUUAAGAGUAAAGGGUUUGAUGAGUACUCACAGUAUGAUGUUAAUAACAUUGUACUCACCUUUGGAAGGAAGGAGCUCAAUGAUGAUGAUCGUCUACUGACAGGCUGUGGAAUUAAAAAUGGGUCUGUCGUACAAGUUGCAGUUAAACUAAGAGGAGGAGCUGGACCAACCAUACUAGUGUUAGACGAGGAUUUACUAGACCCUAACUAUGAUUAUGAUUUCACAAACGAACGUGACACAGGAAGAGUUUAUCAGCGAGGCCAAAGUCAAGGGUUCUUGGGUUUUUUGAAACACGAGUAUCACUACAAGCGUCCUUAUGGUUGGAAUAGAAUAGCUCUCAAAGUAAAGGGAAAGUAUCCACCAGAUGAUACCUGGCUGGGAAUACCGGUAGCUGGGUCUGAACGAACUAAAACUUCAAAAGGUGAAUGGCCAGUGUCUUAUCAUGCAACAGGAAGAGAAGGAGCAGAAGGUAUUGCAGCUGAAGGAUACGACAGCAAACAAUGGAGGGAGAAAUGUUAUCAUGGUAAAGGUCAUUAUUCUACUCCAGAUAUUGAAGUAGCUGCCAAAUAUUACACAAAGCCAUUUGAUCAAAAUGGUAAAAAAUAUGAGGCUGUCAUGCAGAACAGGGUCAAUCUCAGUCCUGGAAACACUAUCAUAAUACCAAAGGAGAAGACACGUGCUGGGGCAGAGUAUUAUGUGACAUAUUCUUCUGAAGACCUGCGACCAUACGGGAUAUGUAUCAGGGAAGUUAAAGAGGAUAGCAGUGACUAACUUUACUGAGUGAGAAUAGACAAUUGCUAACUAUUAAACAAUGAUAUGGCUUAUAAUUAGGAUUUUAAAAAAUCAUUUUUUAUAAAAAUUUCACUACACAAACUGUUCCUGUCAAAACUAGUACUACAGAUAUACUCCCACUAAUGUAUUCUACAUCCUCUAAUUCAAUUACUGCCAGGCAUGUGACCGGCUCAUGCUUCACGUGUUGUAGCUGAAGUCAGUAAUAUAUCCAUAAGGGCUCUCUAUAUCUAUCAAAAGACCUGUUUGUAUUGUAACCUGUCACUCUUCAUUAUGUCAGUAUCUAAGUGACAACUACUAGCAGCUGCUUUAAAUCAACUAGUGCAUUGCCCCUUUAGGAUACUAUCCAAAGACAAUGCUAUUGGAAUAAAAGAGGUACCAAAAGAAAUGUGACACAAUAUAACUGACGCCAAAUAUAAAUUCCUAUGAGACUCCAUGUUGAUAGAUAGUAAUCCUCGUAUUGAUAAUCAACAUAUCAACUCUAUAACUAUGAAAUGAAGCUAAGAGAGAAAUUUAAUACAAACUUUAAAAACAUUCACAUCACAUGCUAAAAGCAUGAU